UGUUGCUGUCACACUAUACGAGUUGAGCGCCACGGGUAGUGACUGAGUUGAUAUUACCAGGGAAAAACACACCUGUUGCAAAACAGGCUAUUCGCCAGCCUUCGUUUGCCUGAGUUUCUUCCAAGCUUGAGCUGUGUUUGAAACUUCAGAAUGACGGACGCUAUUUUACCGAAUCAAAUCAAUGCCCGAAACGGCGAGAAUGGCUAUUUUAAAAAGGGCUGCAACCCCUUCGCCCAGACAGGACGCAGUAAGCUGCAGAACCAACGGGCGGGUCUUAACCAGCAGAUCAUCAAGCAGAUGAGGAUGAGAGCCGGGGCAGAGAACCUCCUGAGGGCAACCUCCAACAACAAGGUGCGUGAGAUGGUGGGUCUGGAACUGAGCUACGUUAACUCCAACCUGCAGCUCCUCACGGAGGAGCUGGAGGGCCUCAACAGCUCAGUGGAGGUCUACCAGAACGUCCAAGAGGCAGAAAAUAUCCCUCUCAUUCCCCUGGGCCUGAAGGAAACCAAAGACGUUGACUUCUCGGUCAUGUUUAAGGACUUCAUUCUGGAGCACUACAGUGAGGACGGUGCCAACUUCGAGGAGGAAAUUGCAGACCUCAUGGACCUGCGACAGGCCUGUCGUACUCCCAGUCGCAGCGAGGCAGGGAUCGAACUCCUUGCAAAGUAUUUCAGCCACCUGCCACUGUUGGAGAGUCGUUUCUUCUCUCCCACCCGCCAACUGGGCAUUUUCUUCACAUGGUAUGAUUCCUUCACGGGUGUGCCGGCGUGCCAGCAGAACAUCUCCCUGGAGAAGGCCAGCAUUCUGUUCAACAUGGGCGCCCUCUACACUCAGAUCGGCACGCGCUGCAACCGGCAGACGUGCUCCGGCCUGGAGGAGGCCAUUUCUGCCUUCCAGAAAGCUGCAGGGACACUGACCCACCUCAAAGAGACGUUCAUACACACCCCCGGCUACGACAUGAGCCCGGCCAUGCUCAGCAUGCUGAUCCGGAUGAUGCUGGCGCAGGCUCAGGAGUGCCUGUUCGAGAAGAUCGCUCUGCCGGGGAUCCGCAACGAGUUCUUCUCCCUGCUGAAGAUGGCCCAGGAGGCCGCUAAGGUUGGAGACACCUACGAGCAGGUGCACCAGUCCAUGAGCCAGACCCCCAUUAAAGACAACGUGCCUUUCUUCUGGUCCACCAUGGCCCAGGUCAAGACCAACCACUACCGCUCACUGGCCCACUACUUUGUAGCCACCGCGCUAUUGGACCACCAGUGUAAGUUGAGCCCCAGUGAUGACGAGGACCAGCAGGAGAAGGCUCUGUCCCAGGUGUACGACUCCAUGCCCGAGGGACACUCCCCGCUGGACAUCCUGAAGAAGAGGGACGAGCGCAAACGCAUAGGUAAAGCCCACCUGCGCAGGGCCAUCAUGGGGCACGAGGAGGCCCUGCGGAUCCACAGCCUGUGCCGUAACCUGCGCAAGCUGGACCUCCUCCACGACAUCCUGCAGGCCAGUCACAAGCGAUCGCUGGGGAAGUUCGAGGAGAACAACACAGAGGAGGACUUCACAGACUACCAGGAGGCACCCGACAUCAUCCCUAAAACCGAACACAAGGCAGAAAUGGAAAUGCCCAUGUCUACAAAGGUGAAAGUCACUGACUUUUUCCAAAGACUGGGACCCCUGUCGGUGUUCUCUGCCAAGCAGCGCUGGACAGCUCCGCGGCCCGUCAGGCUGUGUCUGGAGGACCGAGACCUGGGCUUCACCCUGAAGGGGGAGGCUCCUGUACAGGUGGUGUCCCUGGACCCCCUCUGCCCCGCCGCGGCGGACGGGCUGAAAGAGGGAGACUACAUGGUUGCCGUGGGCGACACGGACUGCAAGUGGAUGGGCGUGAGCGAGGUGAUGCGUUUGCUGAAAGAUGUAGACGAGGAAGGGAUCGACAUCCGCGUGGUCAGCAUGAUGGACAGUGGCAUGGCAUUGCCCACCAAGAGCGCCACCUACUGUGGAGGGAUCCCCAAGACCUACUCCAUGAUCUGCCUGGCCUUCGACGAGGACGACAAGAACCCCAGGGUGCGGAAGGUGUCUAAGAAGAUGUCCUUCCUCAACUGGGGCCUGAAGAACCGGCUGAAGAGCGCCAGCACUCUCAGUCUCCCCACAGCAGACUACUCCGGCUCGCUGCCCUGGAACAAACCAUGCCCCACUUUCCCCAGCUCUAGCUCCUACAACGACAGCGCCCUCUACUAACUCUCCUCCACCCACCACUGGACUGUACGCACACACACACACAACCAACCACACAACAACAAACUCGAGUGUAGGGAGUAUCGUGUCGAGAAAUAACAAGGAGAGCUCCGUAUGAAUUGAAAAGAUUAGAGGAGGUGUUUGCACAACCUGACUGUUGCCAUUUUGUUGCUCGGUGUCAAGCAGGUGGGCGGGUGGGUUGUUGCCAAAGCUUACCCUAUGCGUCGCCUCCUUGAUUGUUAAGAACUGAUAAGGAGCAGAAGAACAGUGGGUAGAGUUGCACAGCAGGACUAACUGGUUUGGCCUUUGUUACAGUGCAAUUACAGUAGGUAUUCAAGCCCCUAUGUAGUCCCUUAUGUGCAGUACUUGUGUUUCCACAUACUUUUGAAGGAUAUGGUUUAAUGUCACAUACAGUGUCAGAAAUAAAUUGUUGUUGUUAUAGAGGUAUGGUGAUCAUGAUCUUUUAGUCAAGAUUGAUUGGAUUUUAACUGGAGACUUCUUUUUUUUUUGUAUGUGUUUAAAGUUAGAUGAAGAAAACAUGCUUUAAUCAUGGAGUCUGUGUUUUUGCGCUGUAAGCUGCUAAAACAUGUUUUGUAUUUUGUGUAAUUUAUGUGUUUAAAACAAUUGUCAAUAAGAAAUAUUUUUGGGGGUGGUUUGCCAGGUGAACAGAAAACACCACAUUUGAAUGUGAGCUGUUUGCCCAUCUGGUGGGGGGGGGAGGAAGAUUUGCCAUAAACCAAAACUCUGUGCCAUCAAAAAUCACAUGUACCUUAUUUUACUAGAUGCGUUACGAUAAGGAAUCUUGAAACCCCCCACUGGUCAGUGACCUCUGGCCCCUCAGACCUGCCCUGUUGACAGGCAUUGGUUAGAAAAGCAGGAACUUAAGAAACCUGACUUUGAUUUCUUUGAAUGUUUCUGUGUUACUGCUUUUAUGAAGGACAUGUUAUAUACAGAAGGGAAGGUAAUGUUUUAUCCAUGUUUGUUUUUGAUGUGCCAGGUUAAUAAUAUCACCAUGUGUGGAUUUAGAGAAGUUCACAAUACCAGCAUUUUUUCUUUACUCACCCAUAACUGGAUUUAUGUAUUUCACAAUUUAUUUUCCAGCACUUUGCCGUGUUGGUCUAUUUCAUUAUCUACAAAGUAGAUUAUUAUACACGUUUGAUAAUCAAAUUAUUUAUAUAAUAAAAUAAAAUGGAAAAUAAAAUUUUAUGUGUACAUUAAGCUUUUGAACUAGUUUCAGGAUGGUGGUGAUGUGUGAUCUGUAUAUUGGUAGAAAAACCUACUGUUGCAAAACACAGUCUUUUGGCUUUGGUGGACUUGCUCUACUUCUGAAAUAAUGUAUAUGAUAUAUAAUGUAUAUGGUACUCGUAUGUCUAUCUAUGGCAUUUUUAAAUGUCUCAGAACGUUUUACUGAUCAUCUUUCAGGAAACCUACUGGCUAUUCUACAGUGAAGCAGCGUAUUGUUCAGUUCAUAUCUUUCUGCAUUGCUUGCAAAGUUGUUGAUUUAACUUGUUCUACUCAUAUACCUGUGUAUAAUAUGUAGUUUAAAGUUCCAUUACCAUGAAGGAAAAUUAAUCUAAUGAGCACAGUGAACGUUCGUAUUCGUAUUCAUCGAUGUGAUUAAGUCUUCGCAUUAAGUAUUAACCUUGUUGCUGUCUUUUAGGAGCUGUGCACCUGCGCAGUCCUCAAUGUUGUACAGUACAUACACGUAGUUGCACAUGUCAAUCCUAAUAUUUGUUAUUUGUACAUUUUAUGUCCACUAUCACCUGUGGUUUAUGGUUUAGCCUAUGACUUCCACGAGAUGAAGGACUCUCCUGCUUCCCUUGGUACUUACUGCACAAUACCUGUGUUGACAAGGCUUGCUAUCGAUCGGCUUUUGUCGUUUUCUGACUGAUGUCUGUGUAAAGUUGAAUCUCAAUAAAAUACGUGGGAUAAACUUA